AGAGGCGCCAACUGAUGAGCAAAAAAACGAUAGCCCUCAUUGUGAAUUACAGAAAAUUAAUCAGUUUUACUGAUUUGGAUUUUGUAUUCAAGCGGGAAGCGGGUUUCUUUCUGUUGCAAAAAAUAAUUAAAACAGAACUGUGUUAUUACAGUUAGUAAAAAAAUAUAAACUGCUUUCUACGCACGCAUCUACGCUAGAAAUUUGUGUUUUAUUUUGUACAAGGCGUGUAUCGUUAAUCUUUUUAAAAUGAAACUAACGUGGCAAUGCAUGUUCCCUCCGAGACUAUACAAGAUUUACAAGGAAGGUGCCAGAGAUACCCUCUACCAACCAGAAGGAAUGGAGAAAUGGGGAGACAAAAUCAUCUCAACAGCUAGCACCAUCUUCAGCAUCAGUCUAUACACUUCGCCGUUUAUCUGCCUCUAUGUCUACAAGCGCGGUUUCUUUUCUUUUGACGAGACCCGCGUACUAGUUCGGUACAUUGGAGGCUUAAGCUGUCUCAUCGCCCUAUCUUACAUCCUCCGGGGCUUGGGACGGGCUAGUAACCCUAAAUAUGUUGAGUUCUUGAAAGCGCUGAACACCCCUCUGACCGAUCAUAAGGCAUACCUGCAAGGGAUUAGGAAGUACGACUUUGAAUUUCAAUACUGGCCCGCAACUUACUUGUUGUCGAAGCAGAAAAACAGUUCAGCAUGGCUAGCCCGACACCCGUUUGCGUCCUGCGCGAACCCCGAUCUGCCGGCGUACCAGCGGACGACCAUUCAGGUCCUGGCUUACGUGGCCACGCACACGUUCGCGCUGAGACUGAUAUACCCCGGCACGCUGGGGCUCAUACAGAAUCUGCUGCGCACAGCAUUAUUCCAAGGCCGCACUCAGCUGGUCGAAGGUUUCAACGGCCAACGUGCCAAACUGCGCUCGGCCGACGGGAACGACCUGGACACCAUGUUCGUUGACAACCGCGAGGAGUCCCCUAAAGGGAAGAUCCUGGUGGUGUGCUGUGAGGGCAACUCUGGGUUCUAUGAGAUCGGGAUUAUGACGACGCCAGUGAAGGCUGGCUUUUCAGCGCUUGGGUGGAACCAUCCAGGAUUUGGGGGCAGUACUGGCCUCCCGUACCCGCCGCAAGAGCAAAACGCCAUGGACGCCGUAAUGCGAUACGCCAUCAACGAGCUAGGCUUCGAGCCGAAGCAGAUCGUUCUGUACGGCUGGUCUAUAGGUGGUUACGCGGCUACGUGGGCCGCUGUUAACUACCCAGAGGUCAAAGCCCUGGUUCUAGACGCAACUUUCGACGACUUACUCCCGCUCGCCGAGAACCAGAUGCCUUCGUCCUGGUCGCUCCUCGUGAAGGAGGUGGUCAGGUCGCACGUUGACCUGAACAUUGGGGAGCUGCUGGCGCAGUACAAGGGCCCGGUGCAGUUGGUGCGCCGGACUGAAGACGAGAUCAUUUGCUUGCGGCCCGGCCAGCUCUCAUCAAACCGCGCCAACCACCUCCUGCUGAAGCUGAUCGAGUCGCGCCAGGAGAUGUCGGCCGAGGCGCUGGAGGCCGUGCGCAAGUACGCGGCGCUGCUCGAGAGCCAGCGAGCCGCACUUCAGCAGCAGGAUGUGGAGGAGAGUGUCAAGGGGCCCCUGAGGCUGAUCUCAAAAUACAUGCGCGACUACCGCUCAAGCCACUGCACCCCGCUGCCCGAGGAGCACUUCGAGACCAUUAUGGUGUCUCUAGCUGCCCGUCAGUAGCGGUGCGUUGUCGUGGUCAUCCGUGGCGGCCUGCUGGUUCACAAGUGACGCUGUUAAAAUGUACAGAAUUAGCUCCAUGCAUGAAUUAAUUUUUAUUUUUGGAUUCAAAAUUUAUAUCGUUGGAACACCGGAAAUGAUAAAAAUACUUUUGUAAACCUUAACAUUAUUUUAUUAAAAAAUAUUUAAAAUGUUGAAAAUUUUUGAGCGGUUGAAACGCUCAUAAUUUUUGGCGCGAAUUCGACAGAGCGUGAUGACGUCACACGUUGGGCGGCCCAACUGACGUUUGCUACUAAUGACACUAAUCUGUCGAACGCGUGACGUCACGUGGCGUUUCGAGCGUUUCGCUCACUAACUUUUCGCGGGCAAAUUUUUGUACUUUUUAUUAUAAGUAAUUAAAUGCUAAUUUAAAAACGGAAAUGCAUUUGUAACAUGAUAUAACGGUAACAAACAUCCGAAUAAAACAUAUUUCGUUCAAAUAUAAACUUCAUGCAUGAGGCUAAUUGGCGCCUUUGCUAAUAGGGACGAUGACACAUGCUGAAUUUUACAACAAAAUCUAGUAACAUAGAUAGGAAAUCAGCAAUUUAUCACAAUAAUGUAGAUAUUAAAAUAAUAUAUGGAAAUAAUACAAAAAUACAGGACGAGUUUCAAAAUUUAAAUAAUUUUUUAACUUCCAAAAAGGAAAAAAAAUAAGGGUACCAUUCGAUUCCUUACAUUUUAUCCAAAAAAAGAUUGUAAGACAACUAUAUGCAUAAACGCAAUAUUUCGACAAAAACGCAAUUUUCUUCGUUUGUCCAUUCAAAAUGCGCUCUCAGUAACCUUGACGUCACGUUCACUUAUCGUUUAGUUAGGAGCGUUUCGCGAGUGAAGUACGACUGUCGGACUUUGACUAUCAUUUCUGACUUUUGUAUUGCUUUUGCUUUUGUUUUGUUUUUGUAUCGAUAUCGAUAGUUGGGUAAUGGAAGAAAAAAAUGGUCUUCAACUUAAAAAAUAUAUUUAAUAAGUGAAUUUAAGUAAGGUUUUUAUAAAAAUAUAUAUAGAAACAGACGCAAUGUCUUCUUCGAAAUCUACGUCAUUAGGUACACAUAGCAGAACAUGACAUUAUUAUUUGGUUUGUGACAGUGAUGUCAGUGAUAGGAGUAGAUAAUCAUUAUCAUUAUUUUUUCAAACUUCUCUGGGAGCCAAGUUUCGUUUAUCACUAUAAAGCCAUUUAUUUAUACUAUUAAAUUAUAUAUACUUUUGAAAUGUUUUUAUUGCACAAAUAUCGAUAUCGAUGAAUAAAUAUUCCUAACUCUAGCAAGAUUGCGACAGUCUUUUGUUUUGCCGCGAAAAUUCCGGGCUCUGCAGAUAACGUGUUAAAAAUCCAUACGCAACUAACUUUGAGGCCAUCAUGGAGUCUCGCGGCUCGUCAGUAGCCGUGCGUCAUGGUUGACACCCGUGGCGGACUAGUUCACAAGUGACGCUGUUACAGUGUAUAGUUAACGCUAUCUCUACUGAGCUCGUUCACUUACCUGCACUAACAAUGGGAUUCUGUUAAACAAAAGCCAUUAUUUCUUUUGUCUGCGCGCGUGGCCUUUGUGCCUGAGGCUCACACACAAUUGGCCACGCGUAGCAAGAUAUCACUCAUCUUAAUCUGACACGAUAAAAAUCCCCUAUUUUGCUCCCCUACCAUAAGACUUAUGUUCAAAAAUUACCCUUUAUACAUUUACAGUGGAGUUGUGCUGUAAUUUUGAAUGAUAGUGUCAAUAAUUUUUAAUUAAUGAAUAAUUUAUUUAUUUAUAGCUUUUAACAUUAUGGGGCUAUUGGUUAUAGUUACAAUAACAAAGAAAUUCGAUAUUUUAGAAAGGACAAGGAAAGUAUGCAUUUCUUUGUAUGAUUUAGAAAAUAUUAUGUAGUUCAAGAUUUACAGCAAUCAAUGAAAUAAUUAUGUUAACAUUUGAGAGACAUGAAAUAUUUAAAAUGAAAUUGUGUGUAAUACAUAGCAAAAAAGAAGGGUAAAUUUACGGGCACAUCCUUACUUCUAAGUUAACAAAGGCAUGUUAUAUAUUUGGGAACUUAGUCUGUCGCUAUCUGUUUGAUGCUAACUGUAAAAGGUACAAUAAAACUUUACAGGUUUACUUAUAAAUAUAAAGCCUGACCAGGAAUAUAUGAUCACGCGCCAUGUUGCGGAAUAUCACUGGAACUAAUUUUUUCAUACUAUACUGAAUUGUCACCCUGUAGGGUGACCAUUGAGAAUAACAGCGCCCUCUUGACAAUGAUCAUAUAUUUCUGGUCAGGCUUUACCUUUUCUUUUGCGAUGUAUUUAUUGACAUUGUUAAAUUUCUACAGUAACCCGAUUGAUGUAAGAUUUUGAUGUUUUUAAGCAUUUAUAUUGCUUUUAUUUAUCAUUCCGAUCUAUAUGUAUAAUAUAGUAUUAAUGUUCUCAUACUAGUGCCGUUUAGAAGAGAUUGUGUGCUGUACUUUCUUGGUAAAACAAUUAAUCUAAUACUUUUAUUUUGUUUUGGUGAUACCCACUAAAAAUAUUAUCUAUCCAUUUCCAAUUCAAAGUGAUGAUUGUAUGUGCAUUUACCAUUUUUAAUUAGGUAUUGUCUUGUUCUACCUCUCAAAACACGAUGUCACGUCAAAUGUUUUAUAUAAGUAGUUAGAUAAUAGGUAGUUACAUAAUAUAAUAUAUUUACGACACCUCCUUUCUAUGUAAAUUAACUUUUUCACUGCUGACCUUACUCAAUAAUAUAUUUGUGUAAAUUUGAUACAAUAAGUUUGUAUAAAAAGGCCAAAUCCGCCCACGGAGAAUUCCGUAGGUAAACGAGCGCGUAUCUCAAACUACCAUACAUUAUUAUCAUUAUCAAGUUUAUUCAUAUACCUAAGCUGCUUUUAAUAGGGAAUAUUACGCAAAACUCGUUGAGAGCGCCACUAGCACAAACUGUAAAUAAACCGCAUUGAUGCAUCACAAUGUCAUUAUUUAUUCGUAACAAAUAAUCUGUAAAAACUUGUCAAAAAACUUUUGACAGAGUAUAUAAGCUACUCUAUGGUUUACGGUUUGUGCUAGUGCUGCCUCUGGCGGCAGAACAUUGCAGUAUUACUCCCUAGUUCAGUAUUUGGUGCCGUGCAUUUGGUACUUGGUGUAGUGGCAAUGUAUGUAGUGUAUGAACUCGCAAUAAACACUAAUCAAUGUGUAAACAGGCCCCAAUGUGAAAGGCCUUAUUUUAUUAACCCUCAGAAAACCCAUUUCUAAAGAACUUGUAUACUUUUCAUGAAACCGAUGCUGCCAAAAAUACAGGGGGUGCGGGGGACGAGGUGAGCGAGUACCGUGUUGGUCCGUUCAAAGUGGUCCGCCGCCUGAAGUAGGAUUGGUGGCGUGACUCGAAAUUCGAAAAUUUAUCGAGUAAAGAUACCGUACAGUCCGUUAACUCUCAGAAUGACCUUCAGAUUUUAGAAAGAUACAUCAGGUAUCAGCGAUAACACGCGAAGGUGAUACAGCUGUUCUGCUUUCUUAUAAACUUCUUAUAACUUUCUGUACUCACAAAAAGUUUUAAACUUACCGCAAAAAAUUAAGAAUACCUAUUGUCUCAAUGUAAAAUAAGUCCUAAUCUAAUGACAUUAUGUGUAUUGAUGACUAUAUUGCGAUUUGACUUUUUGUCAUAAUCUAAAUAAAAUAGAAUCAGAAUUUUAAAUCGAAAACAAAUUUGAAAAUAUAUAGAGUUGAUAAUACCAGUCACAUAUUUCAAUUCAUAUGGUAACAUUAUACAAUUGGAAAAUUGUGAUAUUAUUGUUAUGGUGGUAUUAACUACUCUUAUAUAGUUUAAGGCUGAAAAGACGACUGCACUCUUUGGGUGUUGGAUUGCAACUAAAUCAGUAAGAGGUAAGAGACUGUCAUUUUCUAUUACGCGAUUACAUCCGAUUUUACCCGAAAGACGAAUGUCGUUCUGAGAGUUACCAGACUGUAUGCGUGGCAGAGGGGGUAGCGGGACUAUGCUAUGUCUUUAGAAUACGUGGUCUGUGAAUACCUUACGGGAUUCUAAGGAAACGGAUAUAGCCACAUUUGACCUUACAUCAAUAUUAUUUUUCUGAUGAGAUGUGAGUGAGAACUGUGCGGACCACCCGGCAGAGUACAAUCUUUUUGUGAACUUGUUUUACUUGUUACCAAUAGCAUCCUUAUACAAUAUGCACUCAUUUUUAUUGAUGUUUUGUAGUUGCAGAAUAACAUUGAAAUUGUUAAUAAUAAUUAUGAUCCGAACAGCCAAGGCAUGUUUAAAGGUAUUGGAGAUUUAUUUAUUUGUGGUUUACUAAGAUUAAAGAUGAUAUAAUGAAAGUCA